UGCGCAGUCGCGCUCCGCUCUAAUGGAGGACAUGUCUGGUUUGUAAGCGUCUUUUUCUGCGCUGUUUUUCUGAGUUUGCGCCCUCAACAUCCCUCAACUGAGCCCGCGACACCCUUCAAGUGGCAGAAUGGCUUCGGACUCGGUCUCUCAAAGCUCCCAGAGUCCUGCCAUCAGGAUCAUGACCUUUCAUCCCACAAAAGAGGAGUUCAAAGAUUUCAACAGAUACAUCGCAUACAUGGAGUCGCAGGGGGCGCACAGAGCCGGCAUGGCAAAGGUGGUGCCACCAAAGGACUGGAAGCCCCGGCGCACAUAUGAUGACAUCGAUGAUCUGGUGAUUCCCGCCCCUAUUCAACAGGUGGUCACUGGCCAAUCAGGGCUCUUCACUCAGUACAACAUCCAGAAGAAGCCAAUGACAGUCCGCGAGUUCCGCAAAACAGCCAACACAGACAAGUUCUGUAAUCCCAUAUAUGCUGAUUUUGAUGAACUGGAGAGGAAAUAUUGGAAGAAUUUAACAUUCAAUCCACCAUUAUAUGGAGCAGAUGUCAGUGGAACCCUCUAUGAUCCAGACGUGACGGAGUGGAAUAUCGGUCGUCUCAACACUAUUUUGGACACUGUGGAGAGAGAGAGUGGAAUCACUAUCAAAGGAGUAAACACUCCAUAUCUUUAUUUUGGGAUGUGGAAGAGCACAUUCGCCUGGCACACGGAGGACAUGGAUCUCUACAGCAUUAACUACCUUCACUUUGGAGAACCCAAGUCCUGGUAUGUUGUUCCUCCAGAGCAAGGGAAAAGAUUGGAGCGUCUUGCUAAAGGAUUUUUCCCUGGAAGCGCCCAAAGUUGUGAAGCCUUCCUGCGACACAAAAUGACUUUAAUUUCACCGUCAAUUCUGAGAAAGUAUGGAAUACCCUUUGAGAAGGUCACACAGGAAGCAGGUCAGUUUAUUGUGACCUUCCCAUUCGGAUAUCACGCUGGGUUUAACCAUGGCUUCAACUGUGCCGAAUCCACCAACUUCGCAUCCCAGCGCUGGAUAGAUUAUGGCAAGGUGGCAACAUUGUGUUCCUGCCGGAAAGACAUGGUGAAGAUAUCCAUGGAUUUGUUUGUUCGCAAGUUUCAACCAGAACGUUAUAAACUUUGGAAAGCAGGAAAGGACAAUGCGCCCAUUGACCACUCAAAGACCACACCAGUGACGUCAGAGCUCCUGACAGACGGAAAGACGGAGAGCGAGAAGGGAGAGCUCAGCGAUAGCAGCAAAGAGGAGCGAGGUGAAGCGGAGCCUGGAGACGAGCAGAAAGCUAAAACGGAUGAUAAAGAGAAGGGGGACAGCGCAGAAACACUACCUGGGAAGGAGGUGAAAAGAGAGACUGAUGGUGGAGAGGAGAAAACAGAAGUAGAGAAAGGAGAGGUAGAGGAGAAAAAGCCAGUUCGCGAUGAAGAACCUAGCAGCACUUCAGAGCAAAUCAACAGCGUUAGUCCAAAGCAGAAGGUGGGGCAGAAGCGGCUCAGACCCAGCACUGGAAAUGAUGCGAAAAAAGACGACAAUCAAGUGAAGGUAGAAGAGGAAGAAGUCGAGAAAAAGAAAGCCAAACUCAUCCAGACUGAGACAGGCGACGAGAGGGAACAAUCCAUCUCCACUGACCCAGGUGAUGUUGAAGCUGAGGAGACCAUGGAGACAGACACGCCCCCUCCACAGCAGCAAGAGAGUCAAGCCCCUCCCUGCAUGGAGGCGGAACUCUCGCCUUCAAACCCCACCUCCAGCAGUGACAUCGCGAUGCAGCAAAGAGAUGACAUCACUCCUUCUGAUCCCGAUGUCACCUCAUCUUCACAAUCCACAAAUAGCAUCGGUGAUGAUGUGGCUCUGUCAAGUGAUGCCUCUCAGUCUGGACAGGUCACUCAAAGCUGUGAUGUCCAAACCAUCUCUGAUGACAUCACUCCAAACACUGUUAGCAUCACUGAUGCUCAGCCGAGUGACGUCACCCCCCAUUCCUGUUCCAGUGACAUCUCUGCCGCUGACGUCACACCCCUCGUGUCUGUAACCAGCAGCAUCUCCUCUCAACACAGCAUUAACUCCGCCCCCACAUGUGAUGACAUCACAGAACCCAGCAACAGCACCAUAAACACCAUCAGCCCAAGUCUGUGUGAACCCGGCAUUAACUCCGCCCCCACCUGGGAUACCCAAUCAGAACCCAGCAACAGCACUGUAAAUACCAUCAGCCCUGGUCAAUAUGAGCCCGGCAUUAACUCCGCCCCCACCUGUGAUGACAUCACAGAACCCAGCAACAGCACCAUAAACACCAUCAGCCCAAUUCUGUGUGAACCCGGCAUUAACUCCGCCCCCACCUGUGAUGACAUCACAGAACCCAGCAACAGCACCAUAAACACCAUCAGCCCAAUUCUGUGUGAACCCGGCAUAAACUCCGCCCCCACCUGUGAUACCCAAUCAGAACCCAGCAACAGCACUGUAAAUACCAUCAGCCCUGAUCCAAAUGAGCCCGCCAUUAACUCCGCCCCCACCUGUGAUGCCCAAUCAGAACCCAGUAACAGCACUAUAAACACCAUCAGCCCUGAUCCAAAUGACCCUGGCAUUAGCUCCGCCCCCACCUGUGAUACCCAAUCAGAACCCAGCAACACCAUUAUAAAUAGCAUCAGCCCUGGUCCAUAUGAGCCAGGCAUUAACUCCGCCCCCACCUGUGAUGCCCAAUCAGAACCCAGCAACAGCAUUAUAAACACCAUCAGCCCUGAUCCAAAUGAGCCCGGCAUUAACUCCACCCCCACCUGUGAUACCCAAUCAGAACCCAGCAACAGCAUUAUAAACCCCAUCAGCCCUGAUCCAAAUGAGCCCGGCAUUAACUCCACCCCCACCUGUGAUGCCCAAUCAGAACCCAGCAACGGCAUUAUAAACACCAUCAGUCCUGAUCCAUAUGAGCCCAGCAUUAACUCCGCCCCCACCUGUGAUGCCCAAUCAGAACCCAGUUACAGCCCUAAACACAAGCCCGGCAUUAACUCCGCCGUCACAUAUCAUGUCACUCCAGAAUCCAGCAGAGCCAUCAAUCUUACUCUUGCAGAAUCAGCGUCAGUGGGCGGUAGUCCGGUGUGUCCGCCCGCAGUCCAGCAUAUCUUCCAGAGAACGCUGAGCCCUGCUGAGGUGCUGCACGUCCACAGCUACGCUAAAGGAGAUUACAGCGAUCCCGAGCCGCGCAUUCGGCACGAGAGUUAUCGAGACAGCGACUCUGAUAGCGAUUCCCAAGAGGACUGUAAGAAAGAAGAUGAACAUCCAGUGGAAGCUCAGCACAGACUUCCCAGACUGCCCAGGCAUCAUCCUCUGAUGAAGGACAGCAUCAGUGAUGAAGAGCUGCAGGAUCAGGCUGCAUCAGAGGAGGACGGGCUCGACGGGGAGGCCUGGGCGCGACCUUUGACCCAGCUGUGGCAGAACAGACCGUAUAAUCCAGAAAGAGAGAGAGAGUACAACAGAGAGAUGGGUCUGCUGCCUCCAUACUGCGCUGUGUGCAUGAUCUUUCAGGCUCAUCAACGGUCUGAAGGGGGCGAGAGCGAGCCGGCUGUGGUGCUGCCCAGGGGUCAGAUAAGGACCAAGCCUCUGAUUCCAGAGAGAUGUUUCACCACCACCACAGAAGACAGCGCGGAGGACCAGACACCCACACCUGGCCUGGAGGAAGACGGGACCAGCCUGCUCAUCAGCUGCUCCCUGUGCAGAGUCCGUGUGCACACCAGUUGUUACGGUGUGGCCGCUUUGAGAAUUUCCAAAGACUGGAAAUGUGCCCGCUGUAAAGCCAACGCCUUCUCUGAGAGUUGCUGUCUGUGUUCGUUGAGAGGAGGAGCGUUACACAGAGCCAAUAAUGGCAAAUGGGUUCAUGUCCUGUGUGCGGUGGCAGUGCUAGAGGCUCGCUUUGUGAACAUCGCCGAACGAUCACCCGUGGACCUCAGCGGCAUUCCCUUACAGAGGUUCAAACUGAAGUGCUACUACUGCAAACGGCGGAUGAAGAAGACGUCAGGCUGUUGUGUGCAGUGUUCUCACGGUCGCUGCCCCACCUCCUACCACCCGACCUGCGCACAGGCCGCAGGCGUCAUCAUGCACCCGGACAACUGGCCCUUCGUCGUCUACGUCACCUGUUGCCGCCACAAAGGCCCGGUACAAUCAGAGCGUAAUAAAGCAGCCAUGCGAGAGCUCAGCGUGGGUCAGAAGGUCAUCUGCAAACACAAAAACGGACGCUACUACCAGUGUGAAGUCAUACAGCUGACAAAAGAGACCUUUUAUGAGGUCAACUUUGACGAUGGCUCCUUCAGUGAUAACCUUUUCCCAGAGGACAUUGUGAACCGAGACUGCGCUCAGCUGGGUCCGCCUCCACAGGGUGAAGUGGUUCAGGUCAGAUGGACGGAUGGUCUUGUGUAUGGAGCUAAAUUCGUGGCAGCUCAUGUCAUUCAGAUGUACCAGGUGGAGUUUGAGGACGGAUCGCAGCUGACUACUAAGAGAGAUGACGUCUACACCCUAGAUGAAGAGCUGCCCAAGAGGGUCAAAUCUCGUCUGUCCAAGGCAUCGGACAUGCGCUUUGACGAGAUGUUUGGAGAGAAGAAGGUUCAGGAGAGCAAGAGACAGCGAGUGAUCAACUCCAGGUACAGAGGGGACUAUAUCGAACCCGUCAUCUACCGAGCCAUCAUGGAGUAGCCAGCGACGACACGGCCACCUUCGUCACCUGAAACCACCAGCGGACUCGAGCACACACCCUGCCAAUGCCAGUGGCGUUCAGUCUGCAAUCUGUUCAUGGCUUUCAUCUGUCCUGAUCUCAUCUGAGUCGAGGCAGGGCGUUUCACAGCUUCGAUGCCCUUUUAACCUCAGCUCUGUGAAACCGUGCCACAAACACAUCAUCAUUCUGUUCACGAAGUCGCUCUCGCAAUCACAUUCGUUUGAUGCAGACUAUUUGUAAUCUCCAUUUCAUAAAAACAUUGAAUUUUAUCAAAUCGCAUUAAUUUAUUUGACUUAAUUCGGGGUGCUGUUUCCACCCGUAUUUUAGCGGCCGGAGGUGCCAUCGUAUUUUACGGACGCAGAUCUACACUGUCAUAAAUGAUGCAGUUGAGAUCCUGAAUAUUGUACAUUAUUUGGAACAUAAUGAAUUCAGCGUGUCUUUGAGAGUCAUUUUGUACAAGCCUAUUUAUUACCUGGUGCUUUACGAAAGUAACUUUUGCAAUAUACGUGCGAGUUCCAGUUCUGUGGAAAGUUCAGUGUCUUUCUUUCGUAGGAAGGAGGAACUGUAGAUGUGAAAUGCCAAGGAUCUCACUUUCGCAGUUGUUCAGAGCCCUGCCUUGCAUUCUGGCUCAACACACACUUUCAUUUAUUGUAGCUUACUGCUGUCGACAUUUGAUCAAAAGCCCCACGGAUUUAAUAAGCUAUUUUUGCACUUCUCAGCUGUACUUUUAUGAAUUGUCAUCUUUGUCCUUGCCGUAGCCAAGCUCUAGAGACAGAAAUGCUCUUCAGAAAAGCUGAGGCGGCCCAUGUUUGACCCGUACGGCCUGCCGACAGCAUUCAGAGAAAGUAAGCUUGUUGCAGUUCUUCGGUUGUUUGAUAGAUAGGGCUAAUCUUCACUAUUUAGAAAAACAUAUUUUUUUCUAUCAAGAAGCCUAUUUUAUUGUUGUUUUAUGAUACAUGUUAAAUGUUCAUAUACUGUGAGAUAGAGUUGUAUGUAGUUAAUUUAAAAGAUCUCUCGGCACGUUUCUUCUGCCUCUUGUUUUCUUUCGAACACGAGCCUCGUUCUUACUGCACUUCUGAAUGCAGAGGCUCUAGGACUUCCAUAUAUGUAUUUUGUAAAAACAAAUAUUAAUGUGCAUCAGUAAAAGAUGUUAUGCUGAA